UCCUUCACAUAAUGUGUGCUCUCCUCUUUACUCAGCAGGAAAAAAAAUACAAUUUGGGAAUGCCCUUGAUUGGGGGAACUGAUUUUAUUAAUGACAUAAAUGGAUAUUAAAAUCCUUCAUCACCUUACUUUCUAAUGUUCUGAUUAAAUUAGUGUCUGAUCUGGAAGGAUCUAAAGAAACCUCAGAAUUCAGCCCAUAUUGUUGUUUUAAAGUUUCAAAUGAUUGAAGUGCCCCCUUGUGGACAAAUGAGUAGUAGAAAUGUAUAUUUGUCUGAAAUAGUUACUUUACAUAUCUAGAAAAGUUCUAUAAAUUGAAUUUAUUCGUCGUAGUGCUUGUCAUGGGGGAAGCAGGUGUCACAACCCCCUACUUUUUAAACGGCUGCACCCAUUCGGAUUGCAGGCUGUGUCAAAAGGUAUUUUUCAUAUAAGCUGAGGCGCUGCAAGAAAAUGGACAAUUGGCCGCAAAUGGUCCCCGGGCCACCACAGCUGCCGAAUACAUCUUUACAGGUUUCAAUUUUUUUUUCUUUUUCUUUCUUGGGUGUUUUUUUUUUUUUUUGUAGAACGGAUCAAUGACAUUCAUUCCUCCGCAGUGGAAAAGCACGUAAAUCAAGGCGUCAGUUCAAGUGAAGUUGCAUAGUUGAGGCAUGAGAAGUGGGGCGACGCACCCGAGUGAGGUCACUUCGCGUGGCCGUGUCUCGUGACGAUCUCGAUGGGCGGGUCGUCAACAACGGUCGCGGUGUGUGAGAGCUUGUGUGUAUGUGUGGGAAGGUAGUAAACGCCGCAGCAGGGACUGGCCCAGAGUGCGUUGUUUUGAAUUAGCUCCACGGACAUCCAGCACUGACCGGAGGGCAGUCAGCGGGGGCCUGUGGAUAAGAUGGCGGAUGUCGGGAGCGAUGAAACGCGACCGCCUCUCCCUUCGGUAUCCCACCACAACGGCCCGGUGGCGGCGACCGCACCGGCGAUGGGCUCCGCGGCCCUCAGCCCGGUCACGGCCACGGCCACGUCGGGUCCGCGGAUGGUGCGGAUAGUCAAGUCCGAGUCGGGCUAUGGCUUCAACGUCCGAGGGCAGGUCAGCGAAGGUGGCCAACUGCGGAGUAUCAACGGAGAACUGUACGCUCCUCUCCAGCACGUCAGCGCCGUGCUGCCCGGCGGGGCUGCGGACCGGGCGGGCAUCGCCAAAGGUGACCGGAUCCUGGAGGUCAACGGUGUGAGCGUGGAGGGCGCCACCCACAAGCAGGUGGUGGACCUGAUUCGUGCCGGCGAGAAGGAGCUGGUCCUGGCCGUGCUGUCGGUCCCACCGCAGGAGGUUGAUGGCCUGGAGGGAGGCGAGGACAUCCAACCCAACUACGACUACAGCGACAAACAGGCCGUGCCCAUCUCCAUCCCCACGUACAAGCACGUGGAGCAGCACUCCGAGAGGUUUGUGGUAUACAACGUGUACAUGUCGGGCCGGCAGCUGUGCUCCAAGCGCUACCGAGAGUUUGCUAUCCUCAGCCAGAACCUGAAGCGCGAGUUCUCCAACUUUAACUUCCCCAAGCUGCCCGGCAAGUGGCCCUUCUCGCUCUCCGAGCAGCAGCUGGACGCCCGCCGCCGCGGACUGGAGGAAUACCUGGAGAGAGUUUGUUCUGUACGAGUGAUCGGGGAGAGCGACAUCAUGCAGGAGUUUCUCUCGGAAUCAGACGAGAACUACAACGGCGUGACAGACGUGGAGCUGCGCGUCGCGCUGCCUGACAAGACCACCAUUUCUGUCAGGGUGCGCAAGAACAGCACCACAGAUCAAGUUUACCAGGCGUUGGUGGUGAAGGUGGGAAUGGACAGCAUUAUGGCCAGCUACUUUGCCCUGUUUGAGGUCAUCAAUCAUACAUUUGUGCGAAAGCUGGCGCCCAACGAGUUCCCGCACAAGCUUUAUGUACAGAACUACACGUCGGCCGUGCCCGGCACUUGCCUGGCACUCCGCAAGUGGCUCUUCAGCUUCCAGGAGGAGGACCUGCUCCGAGACAACCCGCUGGCGCUGCACUACUGCUUUCACCAGGCGCUGGAUGAUGUGAAGAAGGGAUUCAUAAAAACAGAGGACAAAUCCUACCAGCUGCAGAAGCUGGCAGAGCAGCGCAAGAUGGCCACGUACCUGAGCCAGCUGCGCACAUGCGAAGGCUACAAUGAGGUGGUUUUCCCCCACUGCUCCUGCGACUCCCGGAGGAAGGGCCACGUCAUCACGGCCAUCAGCAUCCAUCACUUCAAGUUGCACGCAUGCAGCGAGGACGGCGCGCUGGAGAACCAGGUGAUAGCCUUCGAGUGGGGCGAGAUGCAGCGCUGGGACACGGACGAGGAGGGCAUGGCCUUCUGCUUCGAGUACGCCCGAGGGGAGAAGAAGCCUCGCUGGGUCAAGAUUUUCACUCCAUAUUUCAACUACAUGCACGAGUGCUUCGAGCGAGUGUUUUGUGAGCUCAAGUGGAGGAAGCAGGUUGAGGAAGAGGCUUCUGAUAAAGACAACAAAAACUGCAGCAACAACGAGUUUCUGUCACCCCUGGAGACGCAGCAGAAGGGAUGGCGCCACCUAGGGGGGGAGAUUGCCACAUCUUAAACGAACGCAACACCGCAAACCCGUCCCACAUUCCACUUGCAUCGUCACACCCACCCCGAGAGCGCGCCCAUCCACCACAGCAAGACUUGAGGGAGGCGGGCCGCACCCCCUGAGAAAGCUUAAAAUGGAAUCAAGCUUUUUUUUUUUCCCGCAAGGGGAGGGAAGAGGAACACGUCACACACUAAGCCAGGGACACUUAGCAAGAUGAGCAAUGAAGGGAAUUCAGCUUUCAUUUAAUUCCCGGAUCUCCAUACCGAGUGUCUGUGAGACGCUGCUCUCCCGUGUCGGUUCGGCGGGCGACGGACAGAAGCGCAUUCUGGAAAUGGGACCGCCAGCGGCGGAAUUACGUACUUGGCCUCCAGUGCGCCCAUGCGACUGACAGAGCGGGAAGCAAAAAGGAGGGAAGCGGACUAAAUGAGAAGAAUUCUUUUUUCUUUUUUUGCGAGACCGAAAGAUGCGAAGUCCGACGCCAGACAUGAACAACAAAGUUUUCUAUUAGUGGGGUCUUUUUUGUUGUUGUUAUUUUGUCCAAAAAAAAAAAAACCACAGGUGAAACAACAUGUAACUGUUCUAAUUAUGUGUACAUUUAACAAGCUGUUUUUCCUGAUCAAAUAUAGAUUAAUAUGAGCUAUCAUUAUUGAUUUAUUGAUCGAACAUGAAUUGUAUGGAAAGCCAUUCGAGCAUUUAUUCAUUGUCCUUGAUCAUCAUCGAUGUCCUCAGUAAGAUCAUUCAGCGCACUAAUUAAUCCACCAACAUCAGUGUUUUGAAUUUUGUUUUGUUUCGUUUUUCAUGACUAGCAAUAAGCACUUAAUCAUGUCUACUGUGCUGCACUACUAACACGAGUGGGCUCACCUAGUAGGCCUAUUUCACGCACUAGUUGCCAAUCAGGAUCUACUAGUAGUGGUUGCAGUCAUUAACUCGUCGGCCAAACGUGGCACAAUACCUGAAGAAAAAACCUUUUGCUAAUUUGACACAGUCGUUCGAGUGGUGCACUGAAUUGUGUUACUAGUGAGGAGUAUGGACUUGAAGCUGGAUAUCAAUGAUCUGGAACGGAUGCUUUCCAUAAAAUGUUGCAUUGGGGUCGGGGGGGAUCUCCGUUUGCGGCCUAAUCGGUGUCGGGGGUUCCCUGUGUCACAGCCUGCAGUUCUCUUAACGAACGAAAGGGGGCAGCAGAUGCCAAGUGCUUAGUCGUGUUUGGGGAGAAUGUGAUGCCUGGGGGGCUGUGUGGCUCAGCCAGCUAAGUCUGCCUCAUUUGCAGGUGGCUCCAUGAACCAUGUCAAGAAGUGUGUAUGCGCGUGUCUAACUAACCGAGCUCCGCGGCCAGCUGUCUCACUCGCAUGCCGGCAGCUCUCCGAACGGUGCUCGGUUGGGAUUCUCUGUGAGUGCCAGCUUCACGGAUGCCGCGUCUGCUCUGCUUGCUGGGAAUGGGGUCUACCUUAGGGAAAAUGAGAGGGGGGUAUUUGAGCGCAAAAAGCACACCAUUGGCGAAUAUACCGUCACUUUAGCUCGUAUAGCGGCCAAGUAGUGUUUCCACUUCGGUUUCUCUGUUAAACAUCAGCGUUAUAGAUGCCACGUCUGCUCUGCAGGCGCUUAUGACCUCUGCCGCGACUUGAGCUGCUAUCAGAUAAGAUCAUCACGUUGGUUUAUUUCCGGAAGGGCAAAUGGGAGGCAUUUAUUUGAGUACAAGUAGAGGAAAUACGGUCAUUUAGAAGAUAGAUGAACCGUUUUCUCUCGUCUGCCCAUCCCCCGUCGUCCUUUUCCUCUUCAGGUUGCUCUGCUAUCAUUACGCUGCAAUAUGGUUGCCACGGCAGCACCAUCAGCAGCCCCGCACGACUGUUCGUUUUUCAGUCCUGGCAAAUCGGCUAAUUCCGCUUGUCAUGGAGUCGAGGCCUGGACUUGUGUGUGUGUGUGCGUGUGUGCGUGCGCGCGUGCGCUAGAUGUACAUGUGCUGUCAUUCUCUGCCAUCAGUGAGUUGAAUGUCACCUUGUUCAAGGCGACCAGAAUCUUACGGAUCCCACUAGAUGUUGUGUGCCAAGAGCGUCAGAACAUCGUGUAAUUCCUUAAACAAAUGAAGUAAAAUAGAAGCUAACGCACUAUUAGUCAAGACUAUCCUUAAAUGGAUCCCUCAGUGUCCCCACUCGGGUAAACAUUGACAAGGUAGUGGUUAGCACAUCUGCGUCGCUGUUUUGAGGGUCAAAUCUCGAGGUUUUAUAUUCAGGAGGCUCUUGAGAAUGGGUGGACGGAUCGCGAACGUACACGUACGUAUACACAAACAACAAUAACCUGCUGAGCCCAUUGGACUGCCUUGCUAACCAAAUUCCUCGAUGAGCAAAAUUGACUCAGAUGAUAUAUUUCUCUCCACCGAGUCCACCUUGGUUUUGUCCUUUCGAUUUUAUUUGAAAGUUUACAUUCACUUUGCCAGACAGUACAUGUAUAUUAGUCACAGACCGCGCGCGCGCGCACGCACACACACACACACACACACACACACACACACACACCUUCCCCAGAGUGGUUAUUUUGAGGUUCUGUUCAUCACAUAGCGGCAGGCUUUGUUUGGUCUGUGACUGAUAUUCAUUUCACCAUUGUUUGUUUUAAUUCCUCUGCGCAAACCAGUCAGUUUUUCAAUGAAUGUAGCCUACGAUCAGGCCGUGACUGAAAGAAAGAAGCGAUUAUUUAGGACAGACAGUGACGUCUUUCGCGGAUCUAAGUGCUGUUUUUUGUUGGGGGGGUUUUCCAUGUUACUUUUAUUUGUGUGUUGGGGGGGGGGCGACAGUCACGAUGGAUUAUUGUGAAUUGUGCUUAGAAGCACACGCCGAAGACAAACGACAACUCGUAAGGCUAUCAAGAGUUUGCUUUUAUCUUGGAAAAGAAAAGUCAACAAAGGAUUGACCUACCGAGAAAAGAAGAAACGUCAAAAUGGACAAUUGUAGAGUAAGAAAUUGUAACAUGAUUUUAAAUAAAGUUAC